AGAAGAGGAGUGUGCAGUGUGAGUUCUUGGUUUCUGUGUGUGUACAGGAGGGUCCAGUGAAUAGUGAGCGUUAUCUGUCGUGGGCCAGCGCCUUCCUCGUCGUCUACAGCAUCAACAACAUGGAGAGCUUCAAAGGCUGCCAGCUGUACCUGCAGACCCUCGCCCUGCACAACAAAACCUUCAACCCACAAACUCCCAUCAUCCUACUGGGGAACAAGCUGGACAUGGACAGAUACAGGCAGGUGAGUCAGUGUGACGGUGAGCUGCUGGCGUCUCGUUUCGGCUGCUUGUUCUUUGAGGUGUCGGCCUCUCUGGACUUCCUCUCUGUGCAGCACGUCUUCUACGAGGCGGUGAGGAGGGUGAGGCGCGGUGGGAGGCGCGGCUGUCUGGUACCGGCCGUCUACGUCAGCGAGGACAAAGCGCUGCUCGGUGUCCACUCCUUCACCACCCCCUGCUACAAGGAGCUGCCGGCCCCCGCCACCGCCAAGCUGGUCACCGUGAAGACGUCCAGAGCCCAGAGCAAACGGAGGGCCGCCACACUCACCCUGCUGAAAGGUUUCAAGAUCUUCUGACACCCCCUGACACCCUCCACUGGGACCACUGACUCUGUGAAAGACCCUGCUGCACAGGGGGUGGACACAAUAAUAUGAACAGCUAUACAGUGAGUGUACAGACAUGUACUUGAGCCAGCCCUGUGGUUAAAGGACGACCCACUCUACCCACUGAGUCACAGAUGAUCUGAUGAUUUGAAUAGUUUCAUGUCCAUCCAAGUCUUGAGAAUCAUAAUAUGGUCUUGACAAUACACCACAUCUCAACACAACUGAACACCUGGGGGCGACUUGCAGUGACACGCUCUUUUCAUUUGGACAAAAGAAGACAAAAGAACGGCCACUGUUGUGUUGCACCUGGAAGUAAAAAUGAUUUGGUUAAUGCCAUGGACAGAACAGUCCGUUUGAAACAGAGAACAGAUCCCCCAAGACUGAGGUGCGACCCGCUGUAUAUCGUCAGCACCAUUUCUGUAGUGUCUUUAAGCUUUUCUCAAGGUCCUCCUUAUCAUAAUGUUGGGAUUAACACCGUUUACUGUCGCUGCAAUUUUCUUCUAUAUCAACCGCUGAAAAGGUGUAAAAAAUAUUUGGUAGCCAUCACGAAAAUAACAUUAUGCAAAAUAAAUUACUUUUGGAACAAUAUCUUACUUUUUCAGCCCAACAUCUUGACUGUCUGACCGUCCACCGCUGGAGACCAAUGAACCGGGUUACAUAUGCAACGUCACUCCAACAUGCCGGCUUGCUAGCAAGAUAUGAAAAUAACCUGGUCAUAUCUGUUUUUUUAAAUCAGAGGUGUUUUUUUCUAAUAUAUUUGGGCAAUACCAGUGCCAAGACAUUCAUGUUUCAUGCCCUUUUUGAAUAUAGUGUUUUUUAGAUUUGCAGACAAGCCUACAGGGUGUGCAUUCACAAUGAAGACAGCCUCCCUCCCAUCAGCAUCUUUGAAUCUUCUCCUAAUUCUCUCCUCUUGAUGGGGUGAGGUGUCUGAUUGGUCAAUAAUCAGACACAUAAGCUCUCUGAUUGGUAUUGUGUGUCAGAACAGCUGUUAGAUGAAAGGUUUGCUGUGUGAAAUUUCUGCUUGUCUACUUUUAUCUUCCUUUCUUCUGCUACAGCUCGCUCGGUACGGAGAUGAUCUCAUUUCCUGCAACAACAAUCUUAGCUACAAAGUAAACUAUUGUCACUAUAUACUCUUAUGCAUGAAUACACUUUUCUGAUUGCAGUAAAUUGUCUUUGAUGAAAAACAAUAUUAAAAUAGAUUAUGAAAUGAUUAUGUAGACAACAAUUUCCCUCAUUAAUCCAGAGGGUUAUGAUUAAAAAAAAGGGACUAGACUAAAGGGAGCUGACGGAGGGAAAACCCCAGAAGAAGACUGGCAGAGACUGGUGAGAGUGGACAUGAGGCACACCAUCUGAAGGUGACAGAGGGUCACUGCUCUCUGAUUCUCCUUCUUUUCACUGUCCUAGCUUUGUAUCAACACAGCUUUUCAAGUAAUGUAGAAUCAGAUAUGCGAUAGAUUAAAAUCCUUAAAUACAUUAACAGAUCAACAUGCGGUAUUUGGAAAGAGGCUUUCCAAGUCAGUCUCAACAGAGCUGAGGGAGCUACACAUUCAAUGAGUCGUCAGAAACAGCACUUUCAUCCAAUUAUUUAGUGAUUUAAUAUUGAUGUUUGCAGAUGCAAACUCUUUCUCGAUCAAUAUAGUGCACACUGAGAAAUGUCUGCCCCUUCUUAGUCGAUUAAUCGCCUAAUCAGUCCUUCUGAUCUCCGUUGUUUUAUCAAUUAGUCAAACUUUUUUUUUUUUGCUGAAUGAAGUUCCAAGACACUUAUGAGCACAUCUCUGGGGCUUUGUGUGAUUCUUUGUGGCUGAAAACUGUCGAUGAAAUCCUGUGAGUGUCAGUGGACAGAGAAGUGCUUUAGUCGAGGACAUCUCUAGAAUUAUUCUUUGAACAUUUUGGGAUACACGCUUUUUCACUGUCUUUCUGAGUUAGAUGAGAAAAUCAAUAUCUCUAUCAUUUCUAUGUUAGGUAGUGUUAGACAUGUUGGAGUGUUUUGCGAAAUUGUGAAUGCCCUCUACACGGAAUGCCCUGGUUAUUAGGUGUUAACAAAGAGAGGCAUAGGACUCUGUGUCUCUUGUAAGAUGUCACCUGCUGCACAUGCAGUUACGACACACACACACACACACACACACACACACGUUAGCGGGGCUUGUAGGGGACAGAACAGGGUGAUGUAAUGUUUUCACACCCUUACAACAUAGUUUCACACAGGAUGCAACACAUUAACCCUUUAGCUUGUUAACCAUAUAUAUGAGAAUGUUAUUAUCAACCAGUGAGCAAGGGGUGUCAUACUUCAUGACUAAAUUUAAGGGGGGUUACCAUGUCCAUGGCAUGACCCACAGAGGCACCAAGAAAGGGGGGGGUUACUUUCCCCCGGUGUUGUGAGCGUAUAAAUAUUCUCGGUUUUAAAGGAUCGAGGCAGUAGUUGGGGUUAAACUUUAAAUUCUUACAAAUCUCCAGACAUUUGAAAACAGCAUGCUCACUGAGUACAGGGUUUUUUAAAUUCUUUUUUGAUUU